GUCAUUAUGAACGGGUGUUCGGUAUAAACGCUAGUCGAACCACAAUUACACGCCACGUCGACUCACCACGGGUGAUAGUUGUCGGUAUAAAACUCCAAAGAAACCAACGAUUCACUUUAACCAGGAUGUUAGGUUUUCUUGUGGCUCUUCAAAUUAUCGGCCUCGUCGUGGCGGCGUCCUGCCGGACCUCAGACCCUUCUGAAAAAUGUUAUUUCAACCCUCUUCCUUCUAUACCAUCCUCCACUGCCAACCGUAGCAUACCAUGGGGCGAGCCAACGAUCCAUUUCGCGAACGGCACGACAUGCUGUUCUUCGCUAGACGAAAUUCGAGUACAGUUGGACACCAUUGAUGCACAGUUACUGCAGCUAUUGUCAACAAGAGCUUCGUACGUCAGAGAAGCGACCCGCUUCAAGGCUACAGUUGCGGAUGUCAACGUUCCGUCUCGGAAUGAGCAGGUGAUCCAGGGCGCUGUUGAUGAUGCUCCAUCGGUGCAUUUGCCACAGAUUGUCGCUAAGAGUGUGUACGAGGGCAUCAUAAAUUCCAGUGUCGUCUUCGAGGAAUGCGUAUUCAAUACCUACGCCGGGAAUCACUUGAAAACACAACCAGUCUAGUUACGCGUAUGGUACUUGUAUAGACGUGCACGUCCGAUAUAGGGUGAUGUGUGCGUUCGGGCUUGGUCAGACCAUUUCUUUUUACGGUUAUGAUCACUGCAUAAUACUACUUGCUGCUCGACUUUAACAAGAAACAGAGUGCAUUCAGCCAUGGAUACAUGGAUGCCUCGUGAAGGGUUGAGCUAUAUAGUUCCACCAGGGGUAGCUACAUUGAUGCGGCUGUGACGCACCUUGACGUCAUUUUUAGCCAUAUCAAAACCAGUUAAAGGAGUCAAAUCAGCUUCGUCUCU